AUGCCUCAGUUUACUUUUGCGUGUUUCUGUGGACUUCAUGGGUUCUGCAAAAUGAAACCUAAGAAAGAGGAAUCACAGACUGAACAGGAGACAUCAGUGUGA